AUGUGGAGGACCUACCUGGGGGUCCUGCUGGUGGUCCAUGUGGCUUCAGCGUCCGUGUCCAAGUCCUGCGACAGGAACUGCGUUUCAGGGAAGUGCGUGAACGGGACGUGCGCGUGCGACCACGGCUGGGUCGGGGAUCAGUGCCAGCACUGCCAGGGACGGUUCAGGCUGACAGACCUGUCUGGGUCUCUCACAGAUGGUCCAUUUAACUACAAGUACAAGACCAAAUGCACUUGGCUAAUAGAGGGAUACCCUGACACGGCACUCCGACUGCGCUUCAGUCACUUUGCCACCGAGUGCAGCUGGGACCACAUGUACGUCUACGACGGGGACUCCAUCUACGCCCCCUUGAUUGCUGUCUUCAGUGGUCUAGUGGUUCCUGAAGCCGGAGGACGUGAGACGGUACCUGAGGUGGUGACGACAUCAGGAUACGCCCUGCUCCACUUCUUCAGUGACGCUGCGUACAACCUGACUGGGUUCAACAUCGCCUACUCGAUCAACUCGUGCCCCAACAACUGCUCGGGCCACGGCCGAUGCAGCGCCGCACACUCUGCUGCGGGCCCGGUGUUCUGUGAGUGUGAGGACUACUGGAAAGGAGAGGCCUGCGACGUCCCGUACUGCAGAGAGGACUGUGGCAGCCCAGACCACGGGUACUGCGACCUGACCGGAGAGAAGCUCUGCGUCUGCAACGACAGCUGGCAAGGUCCAGACUGCACUCUUCCUGUUCCCUCCACCGAUGCCUUCUGGACGCUCCUCAGCAUCAAACCGUCAGCCCAGUCUCUGGGCCGGGCCUCUCAUGGAGCUCUGGUGCAUUCUGGACUCAUGUGGGUGGUGGGGGGCUACUCCUUCAACUACUCCAACUACCACAUGGUGCUGAACUACAAUCUGGACAGCAGCACGUGGGACGUGGUUCCCAUCAGCAGCGCUCCUCUCCACAGAUACGGACACUCCCUGGCUCUCCAUGAGGAUGACAUCUACAUGUUUGGAGGAAAGUUGGAAACAGGAACUGCUAACGUCUCAGACGAGCUGUGGGUGUUCAACAUCCCCACACGUUCGUGGUCACCACGGAAACCGGCCCCUCCUCCUCCUCCCUAUGCCCUUGAGGGCCACACAGCUCACGUGGUGCAGCUGGUCAGUGGCGAACCGGUGAUGCUGACCUUCUUCGGUUACUCUCCCAUCUACAGCUAUAUCAACAAAGUUCAGGAGUACAACAUCAAAAUGCUCCAGCCAAAGCAGACCCAGAGUGAGACCGGGAGCGAACAGACAACCGCCAUCUCGCAGGUGGAACGGAUCUCCAGACUGGAGACAAUGUUGCAACAGGUUCUGACCCAGCAACGUUCGGCCCAGUCCAACAUGCAGGAACUUGGAGAUCUGACCGACUCACCUGGCCCCAGCGUCCCUCGUGAGGCACCUGUCGCAACCUCCCAUGGUCAGCAGCUGCUCGUCAAACCGUCUGAACUGUUCGCGGGAGAUCCCGACCAAUGUAACGCCCUUCGCUGGGCUAAUUCUUUCAUGCAGUCCCACGUGAAUCCCCCGGCUACUUACCCCCAACUCUUGAAGGAGUUUCGACGAAUCUUCGAUCGCCCCCUGCAGGCUUCCAACGCAGUUAAACGUCUCCUGGGGUUACGUCAAGGCCGCCGUCCUGUUUCUGAGUACGCCCUGGAGUUCCGGAUCCUGGCGACUCAAACGAGGUGGGACGAACUUGCUCUCCAAGGAGCGGAGGCGAGAACGGGACUACAACUCCCAGAAAUCUUCCACUUCCGGGUUCGCGGCCCCUUCAGGUGA